UAGAGAACUGUCUUCAGUUUUGAAAUUUCAACUUUCCAUAUUUCGGGCUUUUGGAUAUUUUUCCAUUUCGUUUAAUAAUAGUUUAAAUAAAAUCAAACAUGGCUUUUCUAUAUUUUGGUCAAUUUUAAGUAUAACCCUCAUAAACAUAUUAGUUGUUAUUAUUUCGAAGUAUCCACAUUUGUUUCUCGUGGUGGAUGAUGCGUUUUCCUUGUUUUUGGAUUGGAUGAAGUUGUCAGCCCUAAUUGCGUCUUUAAAUGUUUCGACUUUGCAAUCGCUUCUAUGCCAAAAUCACGAAUGGCAAUUUUGGAAAUUAUACCUUAAAGUCCGUUCUAGUCGUUAUCCAAAUGUCAUGGAUCAAAAUCUGUGGAGUCAACUGCACGAGCAUAGAAGUUACAUUUCGAAAUUGGUUUUUGCUAUUUUCAUACACUUAGCAUGCAUUGCUGGAUUCUCAUCGGAUUACAACAGCACUCCGAAACUUACGCUAUUUUGGGCUAUUACCGGAUUCCUUACGUUAAUCAAUGUCAUACGUAAUGGACAGAUGAUUCUUUGUAUGGAAUUGAUUCGUAUUGAAGUGGAACAUCUGGAAAAGGAUUUGAUAACGUUAAAUGAAUUUAUUCAAUGGGAGACUCCAAAUGUAGCCUUUCCACAAUUUGAUGAAUUUAUUCGGCUGCGUAUUGUGGAAAAACAAAAGAUCUAUGAGGAUAUUUUUGGAAUGAGUCAGUCAUUUCAGGAAGCGUGUAAUUGGUCAAUGGUGGUGCAUUUAUUGCGGGGAUACAUAAGAGUGCUGGUGGAGUUUUAUUUUUGCAUCUUUCUAGGGAUGAAAACUUGGAAGCCUAUGCAGGACUUGUUAUUGGUGCCAGCAAUUUUGGAAAUACCCAUGUUUUUGCUAACGGCUAAGAGUUGUAUGAAUGCGGCAAAAUACAUAUCAUACAGGGUGCACAAUUUGAAACACAGUGCAGAUAACAUAGCAGCUUCUGUUCAGAUUCAAAAUUUCUCAUUGCAAAUACUGCAUCAACAAAUUAAAAUUGAUGGAUUGGGAAUAGCAUCAAUGGAUGGAUAUAUGCUAACCAAGGCUGUUGGAUCGAUUACAACUUACAUGGUGUUUUUCAUACAAUUUAUGCCUAAAUUUAAAUCAAAGUUUGAUUAAAAAUUUCGCAACUAUAUAAAUAACAAUUAAAAUAACUCAACAGUGAAAAUCUGCACUCCAAUAAAAUUAGACACCCAAAUAGACACACACAUAUUUUUGUCAAACCUACUUUUAUUAUUAUCUUCAAUAAAUAUAUAAUAAUGUAUCAUAAUAAUAAAUUUCCAAGCAAUUUAAAAUUUAAUUUUGAUUUGUUUCUAUGUUUUUUGUAUUUGUAUUACAAUGCAAAUUUAUAGCGUAGUAUAAAAACGAUUGUAAUCAUAAUAUUUUGGUCAUUUGUGUUUUUUUUUUUCCUUUCUUUCUCAUUUAAUUUAAUUUUGUCUAAAAUCUACAAUUAAUCAAAUUUGGUAAUGUUAAAAUUUUAGAAUAAAUUUCUCAAUAUACUAAAAAGCUUUCUUAUUAAAAAAAAAAAAAAUAAUCAAAAAAUUUAAAAAAGUGAAUUUUAUUAAAUGCAUUUUUUUAAAGACUUUAUUUUGUAGUUUUUAUGAUUACUCUACUAAAAUACAUUGUUAUGUAAUGUAUUGUAUAUUUUUUGUUAUCUUAUUUAAGUCUGAAGAAAUUGUAUCUACAAAUUAUUUGGUGUUUUAAAGGUCAAUAAAUAAAAAUAAAGGAUUUUUCUAUAUAU